GUACGCUUCUUCUGUGCUUGUUGUUGAGGGAGAUUUCAAGAUCUGAAUUUGUUUUAUUGUUACGCAUUGAGUUCUAGCAGUUACAGUUUGCUCCUAAAGCUUAACCUGAGUCCUGGCAUGCCUAGCAUCAUUUUAGAGCGUAUCCGAGGAUAGCGAAUUAUCCGUUGUCUAGAAGUGAAGAACGCGAUCAUCUUUCUUCUAGGUAGUAGAUUCAUUAGAUUUGAUUGUUCUUUAUCGAUUUUUUAUACAACUUAGGUUUAGAUACUGCGAACAAGAAUGUCAGCGUUGCCGCAUGUGCAUGCUCUUGGUCCAUCCGCCCAGAAGGGGGACGGCGCGGAUGGGGAGGAGAGCAAGGCGCUUCCGUUUGUGCUCAAGGACGACUUGGAGAAGUGCGUGAAUGAGGACGUAGCACGCGCAAGUACGGUGUUCACUGGUGAAAACGGUCAAAAAAUGUCGGUCAGUGGGUUGGCGGCGCAGCAGCUCAGGGGGCAGAUGGGGUUCGUGGAGGUUCGUCUGUUGGAAAUUUUGGACGCUCCGUCGACCUCUUUGUUCGUAGACCUGGCGGUGCUGCAGCCCGAGCGCUUGGCCUAUUCUCAGCGUUUCCGCUGGCUGGUUGGAAACGUGGCGCGCACGAAAAGCUUUUCCCUGAACAACAUUGGGGUGGUGAAUCUGCGCGCGCGCGGUAGUCCGGGCUUGGUCCUGGCUGUGCCUGCGGAGGGUCGCAGCGUCUUGCGUGUGCGGUUGUGGGACGAGAAGAGCUCAUGGAUGGGUGGCUGCAGCUUUUUGGGAGGCCUUUAUUUGCACUUUCAGGAUGGGCACUUGCGAGGCGGCUUACGCCGCGCAUCGACCAGACCUUCUGAUGCGAUGAACAAUGGUGAAGACGGUUCUUUUAGGGCAACGAGGAGAAAUUUACUCACUAUGCAUGAAUAAAUUUGCUGUUGUCAAGAGACUCGAAGACACCAUAUAUGUACAAGUAUAACCACUAUCAUGUGAUAUAGUCGCUCACAGUAGAAGGGACUAGAAAACUUAAAAGACGGCGUUUUUUCUACUUGAUUUUUAUAAUAUGUUCGUUGUCCACUCUUUCCUUUCAUAUUUUUGGCAGCGAAUCCACGUCGUUCUUCUGCUGGGCCCCUGCGGAGAGGAAGCCAGACGCCGACUUUAGCAACUUCCUCAAUGGAGGAUGUGUGUGACGGGAUUCCGCAAGAGUUUUGCUGUCUGCCUCUCAGUUCCUGGAAAGAAGUGGAGAGAAUCGGCACUCAGCCGGAACCAGGAGCGGGAGUGCGCAUGAGUAUGCCCGGCGCGGCCGUGGCGCUCAAGGGAAAGGGAAAGAUGUUGAAGGGCAAAGGGCCGUCGAGACCAAGCACGGAUGCGCCGGCAAAGGGCGCAAUGGCUGAGGGAGAGGCCGUAUCACGCCGCGUUAGCAACAUGUGUGACUUUUUAGGUGGUGUGGACAGCAGCGAUGAUGAGGGAAGCGUGAGAAGCGAUGGGUCGGCCCCGCCACAGCUGUUGCAAAUUACCGACCGCAAUUCGAGGUCUUCCGCAGUCUCUAGUACGGGAAAAAUUCGAAACUCAUCGGCCUUGGCGGGUGGUGGAAUGCAAGAAGGCAAAGGGAAUGCGGACGCGCAAACACCGACGCAGCUAUCGAACCCGCUUCAAACAAAGCAAUCGAGCAAUAACAAAGAAGGUGGACUGUCAGCAAUACCGGAAAAUAGCGCAAAUGGGAACUCCCGAUCAUCUUCUUCCAUGUCGAUAGGUAAAGACUCGUGGAAGAUUUCGAUGCCGACAGCGUCGGACCCGCUCGGCGUGUGCCAAGGGCUGACGUCUCUACUGUCAGUGGAAUGCCGUCAGACGAAACACCUCGAUUCUGUAGACGGCAAUAUUCUCGACGUGGAUAUGUUUGACGACCUCCUGAAGAAGCUGCAUAUGUCGCUUAUGCCUGGCGCGAGCACAGAUGGCGCCUAUGCUGAGUACUGCGAAGCGUGGGAUUCGCUUGUUUACUGGCGAUCGGCAGGGGGAGGUCCGCAACGCAGGCAGACGCGGCUGUUCCGCAUGGGUGGUCCUGGGCUUUGCUGCAUAUCGCUGCAAAUUAACCCCGCCUCCAAAGUACCCGGGCGAGCGUCAGACGCGGGAGCAGAGCGGCGCAUCUUGGGAGAGCGUGAAAACAUGUGCAUGGAUCCUCAAGCAAUGCCUGGUGGCCGUUUCAUAAUUCGGGACGAUGGUUUUGAGAAUGUCAUCAUGUACACGAAGUUGUUGCAAUUAUCCGUAAAGAAAAAAUACACAAACAGUGGAAGCAGAGUCCUCUCGGCCAUCGCCGAAGGCGAAGCGAGUUCCGCAAGUGUGAUGCUUGUGGAUAUGCCCCAAGCAGGAACGGAAGCACCUCCACGGAUGGAACAAGGUGAGGAUGCGACACCCGUUUCUAGCGAAGUACAUGGCGCAUUUACGGGUGGCGGCAUGCGACAACCGGCGUCCCGGUUGACACCGAAGAAUGACAGUAUGCAGCAGGAUGCGGGUACGCGUGAAGCUGGAGCUGCACCGGCCAAAGCAAAAGCAUCCUCGUCUUCAGGACGCGGUGGCAUGGUAGUGAGUCGCAUUCUGAAUGAUACCUCCCCAGUUCAGGCUGGCGUUUCGAGUUUUGCGAUUCUAACGCGAGAAUUGGAUUACGAAAGCGAGGCAGAGAGUGGCCUGUCCGACCCUGGUUCACGGGAUGCAACGAAGGAGACGAAGCCAGUAGAUGAAGCUACGGCCGCGUACUAUGAACAGGAGAUGAAUACCGUCACCAGAGGAACAGAAGGAGAGGAGAUUCUGACUCCACAUCAUGGUGAUGGCUCUCACGCAAAGCAUUCACCGGUCGUUGUACGAGGGGCUCAAACCGAGGGUGAAACCGCGCCUGAGGAAGGUGAAGAAGCGCCGGUUCGGCAAAUCGUCCGACAAAGCUUGGCGCGGCAUAGCGCGCGCAAGAGCGGCCGUGGAUCGGCGCCGCUGACUCAUAUGCGCGGGAGCGGGUCCGCGGGAAAUGAC